GAAGGGAGAGAUCCAAGUGCCUCCGCGCGUUCCCCAUUUUUGGCAAGCUAAACAUAAAAGGGCAGAAAAAAAACAUAUACAUAUAUAUACAUAUACAUAUGCACGUAUUGUAACACUGCGUGAAGGAGAUUCUGCCUCCCCACCCCUGGAGUGUCCGCGCGAAGAAGCCAGACGACUCCCAAGCAGGGCAGCUCCCCAAGUAGGGCAGUUUCCCAAGAGUUUCUUUUUUUGCCCCUUUGGAGAGGGGGGCACCCGCGUUACAUGCACAGGUGCACCUGCGUGGGUGCCGCGCUAGCACGUAGAGGCGUACAAAAAGGGAGCGCUCUACUGAGGAACGUCCCAGUGAGGAACGUCCCGGUGAGGAACGCCCCAGUGAGGAACGCCCCAGUGAGGAACGCCCCAUUGAGUGGCUCCCCAGUGAGGAUCGCCCCACCGCUUAUCGCCCCGGAGAGGCCCAGGAUGGUGCUGGACAUCAACCUGUUCAGGAAGGAAAAGGGGGGCAACCCCGAGAAGAUUAAGGAGUCGGAAAAGAAGAGGUUCCAUGAUGAGACGAACGUCGACAAGGUGAUCGAGUUUGACGAGCAGUGGAGGAAGUGCAUCUUCAAAUUGGAGGAGUUGAAAAAGAAUAUCAAUUUGGUGAAUAAAGAAAUAGGGGCGAAAAAGAAGGAGGACAAAAAUGCAGAUGUGGAGGAUUUAAAAAAAAAGAGUUUGGCGAUGAAGGAGGAAAUUCCUCAGCUGCAGAAUCAGGAAAGGGACUUGCUCAAGCAGAGAAACAAGUACCUCAGCAAAGUGGGCAAUCUGCUUAACAAAGAUGUGGUCACUUCGAAUGACGAGGACAACAACAAGGUGGUGACCACCUGGGGGGUGUGCAAGAAGUUGGAGGUCACCGCUGAGGAAGCGCCAGAGGGGGGGAGCAGCAAGAGGGAGGUCCCGGUUAGCGGCGGUAUCAGCGGCAGCGGCGGUAUCGGCAGCAUCAGCAGCAUCAGCAGCGGCGUUGGCGGGAAGAGGUACUACUACCACUUCGACCUGCUGAGGAAAAUCGGGGGGGCGAACUUCAAGAAGGGCAUCCAGGUGGCCGGCCACCGCGGCUACUACCUCACGGGCGCGGGCUUCCUCCUCCACAAUGCAAUUCUGCAGUACGCCAUAAGCUUCCUCGUGAGCAAGAAUUACACCCCCGUGUACCCCCCCGUUUUUAUGAAGAAAAAUAUAAUGGAGGAGUGUGCCGAGUUGGAUGAUUUUGAGGAGACCCUCUACAGGAUUGCCUCCUCUGGGGGGGGUUCCACAGGUACAGCGGGGGGUGCAACGGGGGGUGCGUCUGGGGCUGCCUCCGGAUCACCUACCUCUGCGAACGUUACGCAGAACGACGAGCUUAGCAGAGACGACCUGUUCCUCAUUGCAACAUCCGAACAGCCCCUGUGCGCGCUGCAUAAGGAUGAAACGAUCGAAUCUAAGUACCUCCCCUUGAAGUACGCAGGGGUAUCUUCCUGCUUUAGGAAGGAGGCAGGGGCACACGGAAAGGAUAUUAGAGGCAUUUUGAGAGUUCACCAGUUUGACAAAAUAGAGCAGUUCUGUGUAUCUCUCCCCCAGACCAGCAACAAGGUUCACAAGGAAAUGAUGAAAACGUGUGAGGAGUUUUACCAGUCACUUAACAUCCCAUAUAGAAUCGUCAGCAUCGUGUCUGGGGCCCUCAACAACGCCGCUGCUGUUAAAUUUGAUUUGGAGGGCUACUUCCCUGCGAGCAACCAGUAUAGGGAACUCGUGUCUUGCAGCAACUGCACGGACUACCAGAGCAACAACCUGAAUGUUAAGUACGUCGAUUCGAGUGUCAAGGUGGGCGACUUUAAGGAGAGCGGAGGAAGCGGCGGGGGAGGCGGCGAGGGAAACGGAAAGGGGAACUACCAUGAUGAGGUCGGAAGCGACUACGAGGACUUUUUGCAAAACUUCCAAACGGAGAGCAGGAACACCGUGCAUCUCCUGAACGGCACCAUGGUGGCGGCGCAGCGCUUCCUGUGCUGCCUCCUCGAGAAUUACCAAAACGGCGAGGGCAUCGUCGUGCCGGAGAAGCUCCGCCCCUACAUGAACAACGUCGAGUUUAUUCCCUUCACCGAGUGA